UUGUCCGAAACCCCUGCAUUAAUCAGUGAAGACUUGGUGGAUUACCAGACCAGUGUCUCUAUGGUGAUGGACUGACGGUCAUACCCAGUCUACUCUGGACUAAGAGUGGACCUUGGAGGGAAGGACCACCAAGGACCACAACUGGCUCAAGCACCCAGACUUUUAGACCAAGCCACCCAUCUACCCAGCCACCAGUGACUGAAACAGGGGGACUAACAAGAGACAACCUGAGGAGAAGCCUCUCUCUUCCUAUCUUCAUCUCGUUCUUCACCUGGAUCUCUCCAUUCUUGUAGUAGACUGUGUCAGAGAAGUCAGAGAAGCACCAGGAGAAGAGAAGAAUAGUGAGAGUCUGUACAGCGAGCACAGGGCCAUAGAGGAAGUGGACAACGAGGGUAAAGACCAGCGAAGACCAUUCCUCUUCCUUGCUCACUCUUUCUCAAUUUCCCCUCCUCUCUCUCUCUCUCUCUAUCUCUCUCUCUAUCAUGUAGGUUCUCUGCCAAACUGAAAGGGAGUUUUCUCCAUCUCUGUCGCCGAGGGAAACGGUCAUCAGGUGCCAUGAGUUGUUGCUGGGGCGACUGUCAUUGUAUCCCUCCGACGCGGAACACCUAAAAUGGGGUCUACAGUACCAGCUACCAUGGCUACCAAGCGGCAAGCCCAGCUCUAAUUGCCUAAGCUACAACCUUUCCGUGACCUACGACUUACUGUCUCUACUUCCUGCUCUGGCCACACCCCUUCCUUACCUGUCGCCCAACCUGAUUUCAAACUUGCCUGCUUCCUUUCCUAAUAGUCUCCCUUUCCCCUUAUUGUCUUAAUAAGAUAGCCCCUCCUAUCCUCCCUAACCAUGGCCAACAGGUUUCUCCACCUCCCCUCCAUCCCCCUCUCCCUAUCCCUCUCUCCGUCCACCUUCCUCUACCUCCUCCCACCGUUACUUGUUCUCCUCCGCCUCCCUGGGUCCGUCCGGGGGGACUGCUGGCUGAUCGAGGGGGAUAAAGGCUACGUGUGGCUGGCCAUCUGCAGUCAGAACCAGCCCCCGUACGAGACCAUCCCCCAGCACAUCAACAAUACGGUCCAUGACCUGAGGCUGAAUGAGAACAAGCUGAAAGCAGUGCUAUUCCACUCCAUGUACCGCUUCACCAACCUCACGGACCUCAACCUCACCAAGAACGAGAUCUGUUACAUAGAGGACGGGGCCUUUACCCAUCAGGCCAACCUACAGGUCCUCCAGCUGGGUUACAACAAGCUGACCAACCUGACAGAGGGGAUGAUGCGUGGCUUGGGCCGCUUGCAGUGCCUCUUCCUCCAGCACAACCUCAUCGAGGUCAUCGACAACAAAGCAUUCGAGGAGUCCAGCUCCAGCCUCAGCAGCAUCGACCUUUCGUCCAAUAAGCUGGCCCGGAUCGACCCGUCAACUUUUACCGUGCUAAACCGGUUAAUGGUCUGCGAGCUAGCAGGAAAUCCUUUCCAUUGUGGAUGUGAUCUGUAUAGUUUUCUUACUUGGUUGGAGGCGUUUAAUAAUGUGACGCAUACGUACGACCGGCUCCAGUGCGAGACCCCUGGUGAGCUGUUUCUCUACCCGCUCCUGAGCCCCGUGGCCGGACAUGGACGCAACGCUCGCACCAUGCUCUCGUCCAUCUGUCGCGACGGCAUGAUCAUACCCGGGAUCACGUCUCAACCCGGCACCGACUGGGAGGGCUCCGGGAUGGGCCCGGAGAUGGACGGCCGGGCCGGGCCGUAUCAUCAACCGACAGCUUCGUCCACGGCCGACCCCAACUUCAACCCCAGCAUCAAACUCCAGUGGGUCACUCUGUCUGCAGCCAAGCUGUUGGUCCAGAUCCCUAAACCAUACAGCAAGAUGUACGUCCUGGUUCAAUACAACCAGAGCUUCGUCUCGGACAUCCAAAACCUCAAGGAGAAGAAGGAGAAGGUGACUUUGGUGGAUCUCAAACCUCACACCAACUACACCUACUGCGUAGUGUCCAUAAGUAAAAACCAGCGCAACAACCACACGUGCAUCUUCUUCGCCACUCGAGCAGCAGGGCCGGAUGACCACCACGGCAACCCGUCGACCAUGACGCACUACAUCAUGACGAUCCUGGGGUGUCUGCUGGGAAUGGUGAUCGUGCUCGGGCUCGUCUACUACUGCCUGAGGAAGCGUCGGAUGCAGGAGGAGAAGGAGAAGGUGAUCAGCGUGAAGAAGACCAUCUUGGAGAUGCGGUAUGGACCGGAGGCUGCGGCACAGGCAGCUAACGACCCGGCAGCCAUGCAGCAUCUCCAGGAACAGGCCCAGAACCAGGGGCACCAUGGAGGUCACCUCCAUGGAGGAGGGGGAGGGGGUGGCGGGGGUAACAAACUACCCCCCUCCGCCUCCUCCAGCUCCGGCAUGCUCCACGGUUCGGCCAACACCACCUCCUCCCGCCUCUCGACGCUCCCCCAAGUGGAGAAGAUGGCCACAGCGUUCAGUGAAGCCAUGGCGACCAGUAAAGGGAACUAUAUGGACGUGAGGACUGGGGCAGGAUUAUCGGGAGAUGGGGGAGGAUUAUCACUGGGAGGUGGAGGAGGAGUGGGGGAGGCGACACUGGUGGAUAUGCGAGGCAUCAACGGUUGCAGUGAAGAUGGAACGGACAUUGGGAAUGAUUCGGACGACGGGCGCGGAUCUGCGUCUGAGAUCUCGACGAUCGCCAUGGAGGUCGACAAAGUCAACCAGAUUAUCAACAACUGUAUCGACGCGCUCAAGCUCGACUCCCUUGUUGCAACGACAACAUCUGGCGACAACCCUACUUCUCCUCCACCUGCUUGUAUCACCUCCCUCGCUCGGAACCUCAUCCCCCUCUCCCAAGGCCUCGCUGACACCUGCCAGAUGCUCGCCUCCUCUCCCAAAAUCCAUGCCCCUCCGGCAAUGACCCCCGUCCCCCUCGUCAUGCCCCUCUCGGAGCGUCCUGGAAUCAGCGGAGGGGGGUUUCUCUCACCCCCCUACAGGGACCCACCACCAUUGGCGAAUGCCGUACGACCUUUACAGAGGCAGCUGAGCGAUACAGGUGUGAUGGUCAUGGGGGCUGGGAAGAACCGAUGUAGCAUGCCCUCAGCUGGAGGAUCCAUGAAGAGCACCAGGGUCUUCAGUCUGGAUGUCCCGGAGCCCCGCAGCCCGGGCCCCAACUCCUGCCCACCGUACCCAGAGAAGGGGAGCCCUGUUGGGUGUGGGGAAACCAUGGAGAGGCUCCCUCUGGUGGGUGGAAAUGUUAGUGGUUGUGGUAGUGGUGGUGGUGGUGGAAACGGAAUGGGUUGUGGUGGUGGGAACGGAAUGGGAGGAGGGGUUAAUGAAGGUGGGGUGAAUGUCAAUGGAGGUGGGGUGGGUUGCGGAGGGGGAGGAAGAGGAAGAGGAGGGGGAGGACCGGGUAAGCAGCAGCAGCAGCAUCAUCUGGAGGUACAUCCAGACUACCACUGUUCUGAGCACCGGCACUCCUUCCCCGCCCUCUACUACGAGGGAGCCAAUGACUCCCCCUCUCCCUCCCCAUCCCAGAAGGCCUCCUUCCUCAAACCCCUGGGACGUACCAAGAGGGACCCUGCUGCCUACUCCCAGCUCUCCCCUUCCCGGCACCACAACUACUCCGGCUACUCCUCUGGCCCCGAAUAUUCCUCUGAAAAUACCCUUCGAAUCUGGGAGAGGUUCCGGCCGCACAAGAAAGGCCCUCGCGACCCUCGCGAAGAGGCAACGUAUAUCGCUGCAGGCCACGCAUUAAGGAAGAAGGUUCAGUUUGCGAAAGACGAGGACCUCCAUGAUAUCCUCGACUACUGGAAGGGGGUGUCGGCCCAGCAGAAGCUGUGAGAGAUGCGGAGGUGGUGUAACCUAGAGGAUGACAUACAGAAGGAGAAGACAGUGAUGUCAUAAUUCUCAUGAACUCCCAGACAGUGAAUGGACCUGAAUCACAGAACUACAACUGUUGGCUCCCAUGUGUACUUCCUGGUCUAUUUUAUGACAUCAUCUGUCUUCUCGUUCUUUGACUAAUCCUAGGGUGUUACAACAGCAGACUCUGACAGGGGAUGAGGAGGAUAGUAGUAGAAGUUGUGGGAGAGACAUUAUGUAGUAGUAGUAGUAGCAGCAUGACACAGGGUAUUGGGUUUUUUCUACAGUUCCAAAAUGGAACUACAGGGGUUCCACAAUUCUACAAGGGGUUCUGAAGUCGUUCCACAUAAAUUCCACUGUUCCAUUGCGGGUUCCAUCGUGGUUCCACAAGAGUUCCACAGUUCUACAAUGGUUCUAUAGAGGUUCCAAAGUUCCAUAAAGUGUUCUAUAAUGUUUCUGUAACGGUUCCGUAGGGGUUCUAUAGUAGUUCUAGAGGUUUCAAAGUUCUACAUGGAGUUCCAUAAUGGUUCCACACUGAGCUUCUAAGUGGUUCCACAUUCUCAUCUUUUCCAGUUUUGGGUAAACAAAAAAACAACAACAAUAUAUCAGAUUUCCUCUUGCCUGGCACUUUGGUCCUUGCAGGCUACCAUAGAAAGACAGAGCCAGGGUAAUGAGGACUCAGUAAUGACUGCAGAGGGUUGUCACUAGCAGGUGUCCUAAGACUCAUUAUAACAUACUGUAUCUCCAAACAACAAGCAGCAGCAUUACCCGUCUUAAAUCCUGGUCCCUUAAACAGCACAGCUCAUAAUCCCAUCAACAUUCAAUUCAUUCACUAAACAGUGUGUGCGUCCCAAAUGGCACCCUAUUCUCUAUUUUGUGCACUACUUUUGACAAGGGUCCACAGGGUUUCCAUAGGGCUCUGGUCGAAAGUAGUGCACUAUAUAGGGAAUAGGGUGCCAUUUGGGAUGUAGAAGUCAUUUCACUCUAAAGCCCACCACCUGCCUCCCUAGCAGCGCCAUUUAGAGCGCUAAUUGAAAGGGGAUGAGGAAUUAGCAGUGUUUGCCUCAAUCUCUUCUUCUUCCUUCGGAGGAGGGGGGAGGGAGGAGGGGGAGAAGGAAGAGAGGGAGGAUAUUAAGCGAUACUUAUCGUGUUAAUUGUUCUCGGCUGUAAUUAGCCCAAGAACAAAACAGGUGGGGAUGCUAGCGUGGGUGGACACACAGUGAGAGGACGGCGUGAACCAGGCCCUGGAGCCCCUCUCUGUGUUUAGCAGGAGCGUGCUUAUCGAUUGGAAACACCUACACAUGUUUUACAGAGCGUGGCAUGCUAUUGGAGCGCUCCGCCAUUUUUAAAAAUCCUUCUUCUUGGCCUUUUCUAAAUCAGACAUGUGGAUUGAUUAGAUACAUUUUGUUCAGAUAGCAAGCAAGGAGGAAGGGACGUUUGCACACACACACACACACCCAUGCACGCACACGCGCACACACACACACACACACACACACGUGUGUGUUCAGAUUGCGUGUUCAGAUUACUGUGAAGUAAGCCAUUUUCCAGAACUGCUUGCUAACAUUUCCCUGGCGUCGAGCCAAUUUCUUAUUUACAGGUAUAGCAUUUUUUUAUUUUGAUAAGAAAGUCAAAGCUUCCUUCGGGGGGAAGAUUAAAAUUAGCAUUUCAAUAGUGCUAGUCAUGCAAAAACCACUUUAGGCUGGGUUAGGAGAGGUGGAGAGAGACGAGUGUUGGCUCCCAUAUUAAAGCAGAAGGUAAUCAUGUCAGGGUAGAGAGAAGGUUCCUAGCGGAACACACAGACCACACACAAGAAGUUACAGCUGAAAUUAAAGACAAUGCUAGUAUGGUGAUGUUUAGAAAAGCUAGAGUUCGCAAGGGUUCAUGGUCUAUUUUAGAGAGAGAGAGAGAGAGAGAGAGAGAGAGAGAGAGAGAGAGAGAGAGAGAGAGAGAGAGAGAGAGAGA